AUGCGAGUUUUAUCCACAAUCCUUGCUGCCGCCCAAGCAGUUCCUGAAUUCGCUAUGCUUGAGCGAGAUGAAAACUACCCAAGAAAACAUCCUAUCAACAAGCUCGCUACAUCUAACAAGCUCGCCAACCGACUUGCAGUCUUUUCAAAAGGAGGUAACGCAGACAACGUAGAUGAAGUCACAUCCGGAGACUACGAUAAGGUCAUGAACCACAACAACAAAUACUUUACUAAACUCCGAGAUCAAUUGAUGGAAGACAAAGACGGUGAUGGAGAACCAGACUGCGGACUGAUGGAGAAAGUUAAAAAGCCAAAGAACCCCGACCGACGACGAAGAAGCACUGGCUACGGAAGCCUUGCUCUUACCCAGGACGAUUACGAAAACCUUUGCGAUGAUCUUGAGGGCGAAGAUGAAGACCUUCAGUGUGUCAAGAACGAGAAUGGAUCUAUCCAAAAGAUGGACGCCGAAGACAGCGAUGCCAGUAACUUGGGCCGAAGCCGAAAGUCCUUCGAUCUCGACCCCGCAAAAUUCCUCAAGAACGCACGAAAAGUCCACACUUCAGUCAAACGAUUCACCACCACAUUCCUCUGGCAGUGUGAGAACAACGAGGGCACCCGAAACGACAAGCGACUGAAACGAAACCUCUUGAGCCUCAGUCGCCGAGUUCGAGAUGGAAUUCGAUCUGGUUACACCACCGCUGAAGAAGCCGAGAAGAUCAAGUGGAAGCGACUCUUCCCCAACACCCCCAAGGGCGGCCCCAACGGCGAAGGCUGGCAAAAAUUCUUCAUGAGCAAAGCUACACCCAAAGUCCGUGGAUCCAAGGAUGAAUAA